CCGUAUCACUGCUUGGAGUGUGGGAAGAGUUUUGCUUACAGUAAUGUUCUUAAAGUACACCAGCGUGUUCACACAGGAGAGAAACCAUAUCACUGCUCAGAGUGUGGAAACAGUUUUGCUGAACACAGUGCCCUUCAAAAACACCAGCGUAUUCACACAGGAGAGAAACCGUAUAACUGCACUGAGUGUGGAAAGAGUUUUACUCAAAGUAGUGAUCUUAAAGUACACCAGCGUGUUCACACAGGAGAAAAGCCGUAUCACUGCACUGAGUGUGGAAAGAGUUUUACUCGAUGGAGUAAACUCCAACAACACCAGCGUAUUCACACAGGAGAGAAACCGUAUCACUGCACUGAGUGUGGAAAGAGUUUUACUCAAAGUAAUACCCUUAAAGUACACCAGCGUGUUCACACAGGACAGAAACCAUAUUACUGCUCAGAGUGUGGAAAGAGUUUUAUUCAAAGUAGUGACCUUAAAAUACACCAGCGUGUUCACACAGGAGAGAAGCCGUAUCUCUGCUCAGAGUGUGGAAAGUUUUUUACUCAUGAAAAUAAUCUUAAACGACAUCAACAAACUCACAUGGAAAAACGACAUCACUGUUAA